ACAAAAGUUUUUAUUAUUUGUUUGUGGAACAAUUCGCCCCUGAAGAACAACAAUACCACUGGCAAAUUAAACUCUAUGAGUUACAUCAAAAGGAGUUCAAAAAAUUGGAUACUUAUGCUACUAAGUUUAAAAAGUUACUUAGUAGAGUUAAUGUGAAUAAUGGCUUUUCAAACGG